GGUAAACUUAGAAUAAAAACUCUAUACGAAUUAAAAUCCAGAAAAAUUAGAAUAAUCUUUUAAAGAAAAUGUCUCAAAACCAAAGAAAUUAUUAUUCCAACCCGGCGUUUUGUCAACAAAGUGAAUAUUUUCAACAACAACGAUGUAAAAGUCCACAAAGAACAAUUCGACAAUCACCAGUUGGUGCCCAAACGAAAAUGAGAGUCCUCGAUACUUCCGUUAAUACAAUACAAGAUGAUUUUAUCGACGGUUAUGAAGAACAAGAAUUUUACGAAGAAAUGUUGGUUGAUGGUAACGGAUUAGUAACAGAAAAAAAAGUGGUUGUUGUGUCUUCACCACAAGAAAAGUACCAUCAAAAACAUAGGUAUGAGUACAUCGACGACGGAUUAGAUGAAAAAAAGAAAAGGUAUGAAUACAUUCCAAUGAGAAGACAAGAAAAGCUUAAACGCGAAGAUAUUGGAAGAUAUGCUUUAGUCCCAGUUGAUGAAAUACAAAAUAAAAAUCGUUAUACAGUGAUAACUGAAGAGGAUAUUAAAAAAAGUGAUCGAUACGAGUAUAUUGAAGAAAGACCACCGCCUUAUCAACAACAAAGUAGUGUUAAUCUGCGAGUUUUGUCACCACAUACACAACGAAGAGGUAAUCCAGUUGCAACUCAAAAGCUACAUGAAUUAUUAUCAACGCCUAGGAAAACAAUUAAUUCUCAGCAAAUACUUAAUAUAAAUCCACAAACCCCUCAUAAAGCAAUAACCUCACAGAAUUUAAAUCGAAAAAAUAUUUCUCCAAAUCGAGAAAAUGUAUUUAUCACGCCUCCAAAACCAGAAAAAAUUAAUAGAAAUGCACCAAGAGCUCAACAAAAAUUAAAUUAUUCCAUUGGAAAUAAAUUAAAUCAACAGCCUUUGGAUAAAAGACAUAAUACAGCAAUUGUAGCUCCUAUGUGUUCCAGCCCAAUUCAAUCAGUUUACAGUGAAACAACAUUUUCACAAAAAUCGGAAUCUUGGAUGAAUUUGAGUCAUAAAGCACCUGUUAGAAACACUUUGGCGGUUGCUGCUUUUAUGAUGCUUUUAUGUGGUGGUGUUAAUUUUGGAUUAUGUCUUUACAUGAUUUCAAUUAUGGGACGAUUAUAUUAUUUAGAUUUUGGAAUUGUGGCGGGAUUUGCUUGUUUUAUACUUGGAUUGAUGGGAUUUCGAACAAGAAAUUGUUAUUGGUUACCAAACAGAAAUUAUAUUUCAGGGUACAUUGUCCUAAGUUUAUUCAGUUUAUUAACAUGCAGUGGUUUACUCAUACUUUUAUUCAUGCAACCGAAACAAGGGACGCCCCUCGCAGACAUGACUUCCGGUGCGGUUUGUUGCGUUUCCGUUUUAACACUUUUGCUGGCGACUGUAGGUCUCAUUUCAAGUUAUUGCUGUCGAGUGCCGCCACCGGAUAACAGAGUCCAGCACUGCGUCCAAGGAUUUACUGUUUAAAAUGUUAGAUAACUUCUUAAAUUUUGAUUAAAAGUCCAAUUUUUCUCUUAUUAACCGAUCCAAAGUUAUUUUAUAAUAGUCAUAAUUUAUUUCGAUUGUAAAUAUGAAA